UGUGAAUAGAAGAGAGAGGAAUCGGCAGUGUUUUGUUUGAUAGCAAGAGGGAGGGAGAAAGAUGUCGAGCAAGGUGGCGGUAGGAUGCGAGGCGGUGGUAGGAAGCCUGACGCCUUCAAAGAAGAAGGAUUAUAGAGUUACCAACAGGCUCCAGGAGGGCAAGAGACCUCUAUACGCCGUCGUUUUCAACUUCCUUGAUUCUCGCUACUUCAAUCUCUUCGCUACCGUCGGCGGCAAUCGGGUGACUGUUUACCAGUGCCUUGAAGGGGGUGUUAUUGCUGUACUGCAGUCGUAUGUUGACGAUGAUAAGGAUGAGUCUUUUUACACAGUGACCUGGGCAUGUACCCUUGAUGGGGCACCACUAUUGGUGGCAGGAGGAAUAAAUGGUAUAAUUCGAGUCAUCGAUGUUGGAAAUGAGAAGAUACACAAGUCCUUUGUUGGUCACGGUGACUCAAUAAAUGAAAUCAGAACCCAGAUCUUGAAGCCAUCACUCGUGUUGUCUGCUAGCAAAGAUGAAUCUGUUCGGCUGUGGAAUGUCCAUACUGGAAUAUGCAUUCUAAUAUUUGCUGGAGCUGGAGGACAUCGAAAUGAAGUCUUGAGUGUGGACUUUCAUCCUUCAGAUAUAUAUCGCAUUGCAAGUUGUGGUAUGGACAACACUGUCAAAAUCUGGUCAAUGAAAGACUUCUGGACUUAUGUGGAGAAAUCUUUUACAUGGACUGACCUUCCAUCAAAGUUCCCUACUAAAUAUGUGCAGUUUCCGGUGUUUAUAGCCUCAAUACAUACAAACUAUGUUGAUUGCAAUAGGUGGCUUGGUGAUUUUAUCAUGUCCAAGAGUGUGGACAAUGAAAUUGUAUUAUGGGAGCCAAUUAUGAAAGAUCAGUCGCCUGGGGAGGGUUCUGUUGACAUCCUCCAAAAAUAUCCUGUUCCAGAAUGUGACAUAUGGUUUAUUAAGUUUUCAUGUGAUUUCCAUUACAAUGCUGCUGCUAUAGGAAAUAGAGAGGGGAAGAUCUUUGUUUGGGAAUUGCAGUCUAGCCCCCCUGCUCUUAUUGCAAGGUUGUCUCAUGGACAGUCAAAAUCUCCUAUUAGGCAGACUGCAAUGUCCUUUGAUGGAAGCACAAUCCUCAGCUGCUGUGAAGACGGAACAAUUUGGCGUUGGGAUGUAGUGGCAACUUCAUAGGCUCUGCUGGUAUUACUUAAGAUAACCAGCAAUAUAUCAUAGUUGUCAAACCAUUUAUGUUGUCAUGUUUUUUUAGUUUCUAUUAGUGCAGGCUAGUAUCCUGUGGAAGAUUGAAGAUCUGAGUAGAGUAAAUGUUUGUUAACUUAAAGUAUGUUGUCGAUAAAAUUUAUUUUUUAAUUUGUUUUUAUCUUUGGAA